AUGGCUCAGAGUUUUCAAGAAUGGAUGUCUAUAGCACUACAGCAACACAGAGGGGAGGAAAUAUUAAAUCUUUGUAUGAUUUGCUGGUCUCUCUGGAAAUAUAGAAACGAUAUAGUUUGGAAUCAGAAAGGUGCGGAGUUUGUAGAGGUGGUAGCAUCAGCUAUCCAAGUUCUUGAUCACUGGAAGAAUGCACAAGACAGGUCUUUUGACUCCUCCUUUAGGUUUAUGACUCUAACAGAUGGGGAUGUGCAUUGGAAACAACCACAGGAAGGAACGAUCAAGGUUAAUACAGACGCUGCGUUGUUUGAAGAUUCUAAUUGUUAUGCUUAUGCUAUGGUGGCUCGUGACCAUAGGGGAAGUUCGAGUUGUGGGGAUUCUUCUCUUGUUAAUCGUGGCUGUGAUGAUGUUACUUCUGUUGCUAGUGGAAAUGUUCCCUCGAGUCGGAACGAAGAAUCUGUGACAAGUUACUCAGAUGUUCGUGAAAGAUUUUAUCUUCCUGUUAAUGUUACUGAUGUUUCAAAGCCAAAUAUUAAUCAAUCUUUUCAGAGUCUGGAUCAGGCUUUUGUAUUCUAUAAAGAUUAUGGUCGUUUAAGUAGUUUUGAUGUGAGGAAGGGAACUGAAAAGAAGGAUGCAUUUGGUACUAUUACUUUCAAACACUAUACAUGCAGUAAAGAAGGUUCUAAUGAGUUUCGUAGUAUUUCGGACAGUAAUUCAAGUAAUGUGAAGCGUAGGCGAACUGCUUCUACAAGGUGUUGUUGCAAAGCGAAGAUAGUUUUGAAGCUUAAUAAAGAUAGACAAUACUUUGUCUUUAAGUUUGAUGAAGUGCAUAAUCACCCCUUGGUUGAUGAAUCUGGAAGGCAGUUUUUGCGAUCUAGUCGUGAAAUGACAGUUAGUUCUAGGAAUUUUGUGUUUGAUGCUGCAAAAGUUAACAUUGGUUGUAGUAAAGCUUAUGGAUUGAUGAAAGAAAUGGUUGGUGGUUAUUCGAAUGUUGGAGCUACAUUGAGGGAUUUUAGGAACUUUAAUCGGGAUUUGAAAGAGUACGUUGGUGAAAGAGAUGGGCAGAUGUUAAUUGAUAAGUUUAAAGUUUUUCAGGAGAGCUCGAGUUCUUUCUAUUAUGCGUAUGAGCUUGAUGAAGCAGGGCGUUUGACAAAGCUUUUUUGGGCUGAUGCAAUUUCUCGGAGGAAUUUUGAGGUUUAUGGUGAUGCUGUCUCAUUUGAUGCGACGUUUGACACAAAUAAGUAUAACAUGAUUUUUGCCCCAUUUACUGGGGUUGAUAAACAUGAAAAAUGCAUAACCUUUGCUGCAUGCCUUUUGUCAAAGGAAGAUGUCACGCACUAUAAAUGGGUUUUUGAUCAAUUUUCUACAUGUAUGGGGCGACAUCCUGUUGUUAUUGUGACAGAUCAGUGUCCUGCAAUGAAAAUUGCAGUUUCUUCGUCGCUUUCUUCGAAAAAUGGUCUUGUUGCUACUAAGCACCGUUUGUGCAUGUGGCAUAUCAUGCAAAAGUUUCCUAUAAAGCUUGGUAAUCGAUUAUGUAAAGAAACAGACUUUAUGGAGAAAAUGAAAAAAUAUAUAUGGUCAACACACCUAGAGAUUGCUGAUUUUGAACAAGGUUGGGAAGCUGUUAUCAAAGAAUUUAAUUUGGAGAAUGACAAGUGGCUGACUGAUAUGUAUGCUAUUAGAUCAUUGUGGAUUCCAGCCUUUUUCAGAGAUGAGCCUAUGUUUGGGUUGAUGAGGACCACAUCUAGGUCAGAAAGCGAGAAUUUUUUCUUUGCUCAGUUUCAUAGACAAGCUGACACAUUAUGUGAGUUUUGGUUGCGGUUUCAAAGUGCCAUGGAAAGACAAAGAAACGAGACAAAGAGACUGGAUGAAGAGUCGAAAUCAAGCUUUCCUACUACUUUGUCAAGAUGGUUUAUUGAAGACGAUGCAGCUGAUUUGUUCACUCGAACGGUUUUUUACAGAGUUCAGGAGGAAAUUCUGGCAGCUUGUUUGGAUAUGCAGAUAAAGCGAAUGAGUGAAGAAAUAGAUGGUGUUACGAACUUUGAAAUUAAGGAUGUGAAAGUUAAAGAAAAGAUCUUCAAGGUGUCGGUCAGUAAAGAUCAUGCUGUUUGUUCCUGCAAAAAGUUUGUGAUGUGUGGUAUAGUUUGCCGACAUAGCUUAUGUGGCAUGAAGCAAAUUGGAGUAACUAGAUUCCCUAGAAGUCUUCUUCUUAACCGUUGGUCCAAAAUUGCGGAUUCUGGAAGCUCAUGUGAUAUGAUAUCUACUGAUUACUUGAAGAUGGAAAAUGUUUCUUUGAAAUUGAUGAACAUUUGGUUUGACUUUCGUCAAGUUCUUAACAAGGCUGGAUUGCAGAUGGAAGCUCUGGAAUUUGUUCAUAAGACAGUCAAGCAGUUGGGCAGUGAAGUUGGAGGUGGUUGUACUGAUGGUGGUGGUUUUUUAAAAAAAGACCAUCUUGCUUCUUUGAUUGGUGACCAACCUCAGGGUGAAAUUACAGUUUUAGUUCCUAAUGUUUCCAAAAACAAAGGAAACUAUUUCAAAUCAACAAGGUUGAUUAGCGAGAGAGAGAAAGCAAUUACUAAGUCAAAAAAGAGAAUCCGAAAGUGUAAAGAAUGUUUAGCAACUACUCAUGAUUCACGUACUUGUCCAAAGAAGAAGUUACAGAAAUAA